AUGGAGGGAUCAAACAGCCAUAAUAUUCCCAAGAAUUCAACUCCCACACCCGAGGCCGAGUUGAAUCCACAAAGGGUGAAAGUUUUGUUGAACAAGUUGCAUGAGGAAUUCAAUGCAAGCAAAAUUGAAACCGACCCAAUCAAGGUUAAAGAACAUUUGUCGAAAGUGGACAAGAUCAAGAGAGUGUUGAAGAUCUAUCAUGACCAGCAGAAACAGCGUCAGGCCAUUGAGCUGGGAAACAUUACGGCUGCAAGCCAGUCGCAAACACAGCAAAGCAAAGUUCUGCCUGGACAGGUAGUCAAUGCCCAACCGUCGUCGAAUCUAGCACCCAUUGCUGGCUCUCCUUCAACAUCUACGGCAGUACCUACUCAGCAACUACCCCCCACAAAUCAACAGCAAAUAACAAGUGAUAGUGCAGUGAGGAGUAGUCAGGCACCGCAAAUUCAAUCACCGGCACCUCAAAGACCAAGCUCAAGUUCUCCAGAUGCACAAAAGAUUACAAUUGAAAAGUACAAUCAAGUCAAGAGUGUUUUGAAAGAUUUGGCAGAAAAAGUACAAUCUUUGACAGCGGUAAAGGAAAAAGAGACUGAUCCUGCAAGGAUACAGGCUCUUGAACGAACAUUAACCGAAAGUCGUAUUCAGUUGCAGCAAUACCACAAAGGGGCAUUGUACAUGAGAAAAGUAUUGAUGGAUUCUGGAAGACUAACAGCGAAUUCCACUCCAGUACCGAGUCCACGUCCUCCAACUGCUACCUCGGCGGGGACGACGGCGAUGACUGCUGUGGCUGCGGACGGAUCUGCAUCAACUAGUCAGCCACAAGCGUCGGUAAAUGAGAGGACUAUAACCAACGUACCUACAAAUAUCACAACCCCUAGUCAGCAGCCGAUCCUGACAAAUCAAACGCCUCCGCCACCUGCGCCUGCCUUAACUACCGCUGCAGCAACCAACAAGAAAUUGCCUUCACCAGCGACAAACGAAACGAAACCAUCUACAUCGCCCUCAUCAACAAAACCACCCACAGUGUCAAAGCCAUCAACCACAACCAAGGCGUCAACAUCCACAAAGAAACCACAGGCUUCCACCAGCUCCACCACCGUGGCAAACACCACAUCCUCAGCAACUCUCGUCAACUCACUUAAAGAAUUUAGUAAUAACCUGCAGGCGGUCGCUCCAGUAAACAUCCCCGAUAACGGUGGCCGAGUCCUCACCAAGCGGAAAUUAAACGAACUAGUUACAAACCUAUCAGUGGAUCAAGGUGACACCAAGCCAACUAUUGAUAACGAUGUUGAGGAGUUAUUUUUGGACUUGGCUGAUGAAUUUGUGUCUAGUGUGAUGGGAUUUUCUUGUAACUUGGCCAAACAUCGUAAAUUGGACAAGGUUGAUAUGAGAGAUGUGCAGUUGAGUUUGGAGAGAAAUUGGGGGAUUAAAGUGCCGGGGUACAUGCCAGAUGAGAUAAAGCCAGCAAGAAGGUGGCCCAAGGGGACUGAGCAAAAGAAAUGA